UGUAAGAAUUGGGACGCGUUGCAAUUUGGCUAUUGGGCGCUAGGACGGUAUUUGGCUAUUGUCACGCGAAUUGUUGCACAGCUGUUGUGAAUGUUGGCUAUUGUACGCCAGCAUUAAGCACUCUGCGUUUGAAACCAAGUACCAACAUGGUUAACCUCGUACAGAGUCUCUUGGAGUAUGUUUCUACUGUCGGUCUGCCGACUGUUUUGAUAUUCGUGGUAGUGCUGUUGUUAAGUCUGUGGUUGCUGUCGUCGAGGAAUCCUCGGGUGAACUGGCCGCCCGGACCUGUCUGUUUCCCCGUGGUGGGAUGUCUCCCACAGAUGAUGAUCAGCGGUAGGAGAAGACAACCUACGGAUCUUCUUCCAUGGUAUGAUACAUACGGAGAUAUCAUGCACGUCAAACUUGGUGAACAACAUUUGAUAAUGCUAGGGACUUAUGAGCUGAUCCAAGAGGCUUUCGUGAAGAAUGCAGCUACAGUCAGUGCUAGACCUACUUGGAUAUAUCUUCUUAAACAUGUAGUUGGAAAGGACGGGGCUGGAGUUAUAUUUAAAUCCGGGCACGAAUGGAAAGAGCUGAGGAGAUUCACGCUCUCGUCUCUUCGAGAUCUCGGCCUCGGGAGAAAAAGUUUACAAGAGAGAAUUCAGGAUGAGGCAAGAUACUUGGUGCAAAACAUUGAAGAUGAAAAUGGAAAGGCCUUCUCUCCCAGAAACAGGAUUGGAAAAGCUGUCAGCAACAUUAUUUCUAUCGUUGUAUUUGGAACAAGAUAUGACUUUAAUGACACCCCAGAAAUGCUCCCAGUUUUAGAGGAGGCAUUGCGAAUUGGUGAAGGGGCGCUCUCCCUUACUGAUUUGGCGCGAUUCUUCAUACCGAUGAAGAAAUUAUUCGCUCUCGUUGACAAGUUUUAUAGCUUGGUCCGACAGGAAGUCGAACGACACCGCCAGUCUUUUGAUCCAACUGACAUCCGGGACUUCAUUGACCUGUUCAUAAAGGUGACCACAGAGGGGCAGGACCCAGAGAUUUACACAGAAUGGAACGUAUUUCGCAUCAUCGUUGAUCUAUAUUUGGCUGGAACUGAUACAACAGCUAACACUUUGAGAUGGUCCCUGGUUCAUAUGGUAAAUCAUCCCGACGUUCAGAAGAGGGUGCAGCAGGAAAUUGAUCAGGUCAUAGGUCAAGGUCGUGUUGCCAAGAUGGAGGACAAGGCCAGGAUGCCGUUCACGGAAGCAACCAUACUGGAGGUCUUUCGUAUGUCAACGGUCGUGCCGCUUGGAGUUCCCCAUGCCACCAGUGAGACUAUCAAUUUAGCCGGUUACACCAUUCCCAAGGGGACCAUGAUACUGGGAGAUUUGUACCGGGUUCUUCACGAUAAGAAUAACUUCGAGGAUCCUUACAAAUUCAAACCAGAAAGAUGGCUGAAUGGCAAUGGUAAUGUGAUCAGGUCGGAAAAGCUGAUCCCGUUUUCCGUAGGUCCCCGUGUUUGUCUGGGCAAGGGACUGGCUGAAAUGGAAUCGUUCAUUUUCUUCACCACGUUGCUCCAGAAUUUUAGCUUCAAGGUACCAGAGGGGGAAAAUCCACCCGAUGGAAUUGAAGGUUUUAACGUGGCGACUUUCACACCGUACCCCUACAACGUGUGCGCUGUUAGACGCUAAAAUGAAGACACACGUAGCCUAACGCCCAGGCGCCGUACAUCUAGAACAGCAUCCAUUAUAAUAUAUAUACUUCGAUCUACUUAUUGCGUUUGCAGUAGCGGUGAAGAAAAACCUCAGU